CAAUUUUCACUGCGUUCCCCUCUCAGUUCCCCUCCACCCUAUUGAUCUUUUUCACACCUCCGUCUCCCUCUAAUCACCACCGUGUCUCCCUCUAAUCACCAUUGCACCGCCCCACUUCGUUUCCCUCUCAGCACACAACCCCCUUCUUCAUAUACCUCUCAAACCAGCGCAGCACUUCGCCUGAGUUUUGUGCGUCCCCAUCAACACCACCGUGCGUCUCCCUUUCUACCACAGACGUGAAGUUCGUGAAUAGUGAAUGAAAAGUCGACAUGUUUUGAAUAUAAGAUAUAGACAUGGAAACAUGGACUGAAUCUGAGAUGAUUAUUUGGAAGGGUUAUGUCUUUCAUCCAAAUAAGCCAGGCCCGUUACUUUCACGUGUGCUUUAAUCCUUGAUUCUCUUAUCCCAUUUUCUGAGUUCUGGAAGGUCACUAACCAGAAUACCUAUUCACGACAACAUUGAUUCUACCCACCUUGUCCAUAGACAUGGCUACCCUUGCUGAUUCUUUUCUUGCCGACCUCGAUGAACUCUCUGAUAACGAGGCCGAAAUUCUAGAGAAUAACGAUGUUGAUGCUGCUGACAUGGAAGAGGAUGUUGAUGGUGAUCUGGCUGACCUAGAAAACCUCAACUAUGAUGACUUGGACAGUGUUUCCAAGUUGCAGAAAACACAGAGGUACAUUGAUAUUAUACAGAAAGUGGAAGAGGCCCUUAAAAUGGGGUCAGAUGUCUCCACUCAGGGAUUGAAUCUAGAAGAUGAUCCUGAAUAUCAAUUGAUUGUGGAUUGCAAUGCUCUGUCAGUUGACAUUGAGAAUGAAAUUGUUAUAAUCCACAAUUUUAUUCGUGACAAAUAUCGAUUGAAAUUUCCUGAGCUUGAGUCGUUGGUACAUCACCCGAUCGAUUAUGCACGUGUUGUUAAGAAGAUAGGAAAUGAAAUGGAUUUGACUCUUGUUGAUUUAGAAGGGCUUUUACCCUCAGCCAUCAUAAUGGUUGUGUCUGUUACUGCUUCAACUACAACUGGCAAGCCUCUUCCGGAAGAAGUCCUUAGUAAAACUGUCGAGGCCUGUGAUCGAGCACUUGAUCUUGAUUCAGCAAAGAAGAAAGUUCUAGAUUUCGUUGAGAGUAGAAUGGGCUACAUUGCACCCAAUCUCUCUGCUAUUGUUGGAAGUGCUGUUGCAGCUAAACUCAUGGGCACAGCUGGUGGUCUGGCAUCUCUAGCAAAGAUGCCUGCUUGUAAUGUUCAGCUUCUGGGUGCCAAGAAAAAGAAUCUUGCUGGGUUCUCCACAGCAACAUCACAAUUUCGUGUAGGUUACCUUGAGCAAACAGAGAUAUUUCAGACUACUCCUCCAUCUCUAAGGAUGCGAGCAUGUCGACUCUUGGCUGCAAAGUCUACACUAGCAGCACGCGUAGAUUCCAUACGGGGGGACCCAUCUGGAAAUACUGGAAGGGCUUUCAAGGAGGAGAUUCACAAAAAAAUUGAGAAGUGGCAGGAGCCCCCUCCUGCAAAGCAACCAAAACCACUUCCAGUUCCUGAUUCUGAGCCUAAAAAGAAGAGAGGUGGUCGGCGGCUUAGGAAGAUGAAGGAAAGGUAUGCAAUAACAGACAUGAGGAAGUUAGCCAAUAGGAUGCAAUUUGGAGUCCCAGAAGAGAGCUCAUUAGGAGAUGGUCUGGGUGAGGGCUAUGGAAUGCUUGGUCAGGCUGGCAGUGGCAAACUGCGUGUGUCUGUUGGUCAAAGCAAACUUGCUGCAAAAGUUGCAAAAAGAUUCAAGGAAAAGAAUUAUGGUAGCAGUGGUGCUACAUCUGGUUUGACAUCAAGUCUUGCAUUCACACCAGUGCAGGGGAUUGAGCUGACAAAUCCACAGGCUCAUGCACAUCAACUUGGUAGCGGAACUCAAAGCACCUACUUCUCUGAAACAGGAACAUUUUCGAAGAUUAAGAGGACAUGAAACCGUGCAUGUCAUAGGUUUUUUAAGAGUAGCCGUGUUGUGAUUAUGUUGUUGAUACGUUCGCUUGUAUAUGACUUCUGCUAUGCCUUAUACCAGGUUCCUUUUCCUAGUCACAUAACUGAUAAUCGAUAUAGUAACCAUUUUCUUUGAUGAGGUAA